AGCCCCCUUUGGUGUCCCCCAGCUUGUGUACCCUGUUGACCAGGUUACCAACAGAGACACGAGAAGAAGCAUCCUCACCGACACAUUAUUGCCUCGGAACUUCUCGCAACGAGAACCACACGGCAUUUUUCAGUUUUGUUUUUUUUUUUUCAACAAAUUUUUGUUUUUGUUUUUUUGACUCCUUAAUCCUAUGAGUCAAUAUUGAUAUCUUCUAUAGUAAGAGGAUUCAUUUAAAUUGAAUUGAAUAAAUAGCCAAAAGAAUUGAAACUUAUUUUAUUAUCCAUAUCAACAAUCCUUUUUUAUUUUAUUAUUGUCUUAUUUUCUUUUUCUUAUAAGAGAAUUUUAAUCAGACUUUUAUUUAUCAGUCAAUAAGUGUUUGUGUCAGUGACAAUUUUUUAAAAUUGUUUAAUGCCUUUGAAAGUGAGUGUCAGUUUAUAAUUGGAUUAUAAAGAAAAAGAAAAGAAACAUGGACGUUACGAGCGGCAUGAGGCCCAUUUUUGGGGGAUAUCCUUUUCAAGGUCAGGGACGAAUGAAUCAACUCGGUGGAGUUUUUAUAAAUGGACGACCACUGCCAAAUAACAUUCGCCGACAAAUAGUGACACUUGCCGCAAACGGUGUACGACCAUGUAUGAUUUCUAGACAAUUACGAGUCAGCCAUGGUUGUGUAUCGAAAAUUUUGAAUCGUUAUCAAGAGACGGGUUCAAUUAAACCCGGAGUGAUAGGUGGAAGUAAGCCACGAGUCGCAACACCGGAAGUUGAGGCCAGAAUUGAGGAAAUAAAACGAGAAAAUCCCGGUGUUUUCUCUUGGGAAAUUCGAGAAACACUGAUCAAGGAAAAUUUCUCCGACCCUCCGAGCGUGAGUUCCAUAAGUCGACUACUUCGUGGUGGAAGACCGGGAGAAGAUGGAAAGAAGGAUUACACCAUCGAUGGAAUUCUCGGAGGUGGAAGAUGUGGAGAGGAUUCGGACACUGAAAGUGAACCAGGAAUUCCUCUAAAGAGGAAACAGAGGAGAAGUAGAACAACAUUUACUGGAGAACAACUCGAACAACUGGAGGCUGCUUUUCAAAGAGCUCAGUAUCCGGAUGUUUAUGCUAGAGAGGAACUCGCUCAAAGGACAGGCCUCACUGAAGCCAGAAUACAAGUCUGGUUCAGCAAUCGACGAGCAAGACUGAGAAAGCACGCGGGUAGUGUAUCGCAUUCAAUGAACAGUCUGCCCUUGACUCCGUGUCAAUAUGCAACGGGUCACGAUUUAAGUCAAAUCCCACAAGUGCCCCAAAUUCCAGGAGGUAUUCCCCAGGUGCCAACAACACUGCAUCAGGUCCCAACGAGUCUGCAUCAAGUGUCCGGCUCAGUGGCUCAAAUGGCCAAUUCAAUGGCCCAUGUGCCCACAACUAUGGGCAGUGCUCUACAAGGUCACGUGUCCCUCUCAGGACAUUUGGGCUCACUCUCAGGACACUCGAAUGGAAUGCAACUCGGUCAGGUUCCUGGGAUUCAACCACCUGUUGCUCAUGGUGCACCCACAUCUCUUUCUCAUUCCAGUGGUAAUAGUGAGUGGUCGAGAGCACAACUAGGAUGGAGUCAAUUUAAUCAUUUCCAAGGUGGUGAAUACCCUUCAUCUCACGCCAGUCAUCAACUAGCUUCCCACACAACUCACGGUGCUCAAGUUACGAGUAGCGCAACUACACCUUCCACAGAAUGGUACGAUCAAAAUUACGAAUACGCGCAGCAUGCACAAUUGAAUUAUCAUCGUAGCAUUGGUGGAAUAUUUUAAUUUUUAAUUUUGUAGAAAAAGCCAAAAUUUUCCCUUAUAUCUAAAUAUAGAAACAUAUAUGUGUACAUAUAUAAAUAAAUAUAUUGU